UACUGGCUCAAAAUAUUGGAAUAUCUUUAGUCUGUACUUGGAAUUCAAUCUAGGUUCAUUGAAUGUGCGUAAAUCUUGCUCGCUUAGAAGAAGUUGAGGGAUAUGGUGCUGACAAUUAUCCUAGGCGCCAUCGGUAUAUCAAUUUGUGUCUUUUCUGAUAAAAAAAGAGAAAAUAACAAAUUAGGAUCUGCAGGUGCCUGGGCGUAGGAUAUCUGGAGCUCAUAUAUUGGAUAAUGCCAGCUCCCAAGGUCAUUAGUAGGACGGAAAUAUGGAUAGAGGCAUGGAACUCCUCCUUGUGAUUGUUACCGGCGCACUUACCUUCGCUGGUGCGAAUUCAGAAUGCCUUUCGCCAAACGCUACCUGCACCAACUGUACCUCAAGCCCCGACCUAACCGGUGGAGACUCAUUCCCAGUAAAUUCUUACAUAACAUGGACGUGCAAUGAUGGAUUUACAUUGGAUGGUGAUGCUGAUGCAAUUGUUUGGGUUUGCACAGAAGAUGGGGAAUGGCUGGGUGACGAACCUAAUUGCACAGCUAUCAUGUGCCCAAGUCCUCCAAUUCCGGCAAAUGGGCUGAUUGAACAAGGGACUCAGAAACAAUUCUACUCACCGGGCGAUAUGAUCCAAUAUGCCUGCAAUGCAAACUACUACUCGAAUGACACAGAUCUAACCAGCACCUGCCUUUUAAAUAGUUCUUGGUCCAAUGUGGAACCAUAUUGUUCAAUCAAUUGCAGUAAUAGUCAAAUGUCUUUUCCGGAGAGAAAUACAUGCUUUGAAGUAGCUUCUGAUGGAAGUACAUGGUUUGACGCAAAGAGUAACUGCGAAAUUGAAGGAGGCUUCUUGGCUCUUGUUAAGGAUAAUGAAACACAGCAUUUUCUCACAACAAAUUUAAUGAAUCUCAAUGAACAGUGCUGGAUCGGUGGAAAGGCAGGACGGAGCUGGAAGUGGAGGAGUGAUGAUAGAUACAUAGAUCGACUGUUUUGGAAUGACGGAGAGCCAGGCGCCGAUGAGCAAUGCAUUGAGAUCCGGGAAACGGGCUCCCAAAACGACUGGAAUGACGAAACCUGCACCAAAUCUUUUGGGAAGGGAUACAUAUGCCAAUUCAAUAGUUCUGAAUGCUCUGGAAUUUCAACAGAUCCACAAGUUCACAAAGUUCUGUACCGCAAACACUGCUUUCAUUUUUUUGACAACCAAUCUUCGUGGGAAGAUGCGGCUCAAAGCUGCGAAGAUAAGGGUGGGUACCUGACUGAAAUAUUGGACAGGAGCACUCAAGAUUUCAUAUCGGAGAUGGCAAAUAACAUUUUCGGAGUUAAGGAGUGGUGGAUUGGUGGUUAUGAAGAUCAUGAAGAUGGGGAACCAAGAUCGUGGUACUGGGAGGACAGUAAGUUUACCACCAAACUCUUCAUGUUACUCCCCCACCCCCUUUAA